AUGCCUUUCGGAACUCAAGAACCAAACCGUUGCCCUCGUUGUAACCAAGCUGUUUAUCAUGCUGAAGCUAUUCCAGCUGCUGGAAAACAAUGGCACAAAACUUGCUACAGAUGUGGCCUUUGUAAGAAAACAUUAGAAGCUAUGACCAUGGCUGAACAUGAAGGUAAUGUCUUUUGCAAACAAUGCUAUGCACGCAAAUUCGGUAUUCGUGGUGUUGGAUUUGGUAUUGGAGCUGGAGCACUCGGUAUGGAUACUGGUGAUCGAUUCGGAAAUACCGAAUCUCUCUCAAAUAAGCCAAAUUAUGCUGUUCCUCCCGGUGCAGCAGGCAACAAAGCUGUUGCAGCAGCAGAAGAAUAA